AUAGAACUACGAUAUGUUUUGGUUGCCUCAGAAGAGAAAGAAGCCAAAAAGAAAUCAUUUUAGAAGACUUUUAAGAAGUCGUCUUUCUGUUCGGCAAAACUUGGUUUAUGUUGUCGCCUCUGUGAACUCAGACUUUAAAAAAGACCGUGAGAGCACUGACAACAAGAAUUUGAAGUUGGGUUUGAAACAGAGUCCUUUCCAGGAGGAUAUUGAGCGAUGGCUUAGAAAGAGAAGAUCAAAAGGUUUGUUGGGUUCUUUCACACAGGAUGACUUUGGAAGAGCCACCAGCUUUUGCACUGCCCAAGAGUAUAGGAUGGGAUCCCUAUUCCAACACUUUUUGGAAAUGGGAAUUCCAGUUGAACUUUAUGGUGAUGUUAUUCAUGCGACAUAUCAGGAUUUCGAACCAGUCGUUGAUAUUUUUGUGUUCCCAUAUGGUGCUGUGGUCACUUGGGGCCUUGACGAGGAAUCCGAAUCACUUGUAUUGCAAACAGUCUGCAGUUUUGAAAGAACUCCUCUCUCUUCACCGGAAAUGGAUAGCUUUCGAUAUAAUUUUGGUAGUCAAUGGAAAAUAUCCCGUGAUUGCAUAACUCUGGUGGAAACGACGGGAGAAAGAGCAGUCUUAGAAAAACUAGCAGUUUCUCACGCCAUGGCGCAAUCAGUAAAACUUUCAGCUUUUGAAGAUUCUGUUCAGAACACUAUUGCUGCAACAAGGCACUUACCUGAGGAGUUGGCUCGCUAUGGAUCUAUCAGUCAAUCUAGAACAGAAAUAUCAAAGAACUUGGGUAGGUUAAUUCUUGAUCGACAUCAAGUCUAUCUGCAUGCCGAUGUAUUGGAUACUCCAGAAUUCUUUUGGGAAUACGAAGCCUUCGAACCUCUUUACAGGAGCGCUGAAAGAUACUUGGAACUUCGACAGCGAGCUGAACUUUUGAACAAAAGAGUGGAAAUAGUACGUGAGCUGUUCGAUUUAUUAUCCCAGGAACUUCAGUUUAAACAUAAUAGCGACCUUGAAAUCAUUAUCAUUUGUCUAAUCACAUUCGAAAUCAUUAUUUCGUUGUUGAAGGACCUUUUUCCAAUAUUUGUCAAUGGUUCGUUGGUAUUCCACCGUUCAGAUGGCUUUCCAGUAACUGCCACAAUUGCAGUUACUGUAGUGCUUACUGUACUUUUGGUUUGUGUUGUUAUAUACAUAUGGCAAGCAUUUGUAAGGAAAAUGCGAAGAAAACGAACUUUAGAGUUUCUAAAAGACGGUCUCCAAAAUGAUGGUUUGGAAUGGAAAGAUGAAUAAUAGUGAAGAAUUGACUUGGUCAUUCUAGAUCGAAUUGUUUAGUUUCGCAAGUACCUUUCUUGAU